AUGGCCGUAGCAGGGUGUGUGCAGCUGGCCGCCUGCAGCGAGGUAGAGGAAGGCUCCCAGCCGACCCGGCCCAGCUUGACCUCCAUCUCCUCUGGGGAGCUGCGAAGCCUAUGGACCUGUGAUUGCGAGCUGGCCCUGUUGCCUCUGCAGCAGCUCCUGCAUAUGCAGCCUGGCUUCUUCCAGCUGCUGGGAGACCAGCUCCUGGUCCUGGGGCCUAGGCCUCAGGAAGCCACACGAGGGGGCUUCAACGUCUUCUGUGACGGCUUCGUGCGCCUGGACGGGCAGCUCUACAGAGUCAACAACUAUAUAAAGAGGUAUGUGGAACUGACCAACUAUUGUGAUUAUAAAGACUAUCGGGAAACUAUACUAAGCAGACCAAUGUUGUUCUUUAUUCUUGUCCGAACAGAAGGAGAUACCUCAAAAGAAAAAACAUAUGCAUUUCUUGUGAAUACACGACACCCCAAGAUCAGAAGACAGAUUGAGCAUGGGAUGGAUACAGUCAUUUCCUCAGUGAUUGGAGAAAGCUACCGACUUCAGUUUAAUUUUCAAGAAGUGGUCAAGAAGUUUUUUCCACCAGGAAAUGAAGUGGUUAAUGGAGGAGACUUGAAUUUUGUGUACGAAUUCAAAGCUGACGCUUUGUUUGAUUUCUUCUACUGGUUUGGCCUCAGCAAAACCACAGUUAAUAUUAAUGGAAAAAUCCUGAAUUUGUCUAGUACCAGCCCAGGAAAGAAGGAGACAAUAAAAUUAUUUCUGGAAAAGAUGAGUGAACCUCUCAUCAGAAGAAGCAGUUUCUCAGAUAGGAAAUUCAGUGUUACUUCCAGAGGUUCCAUAGAUGAUGUUUUUACCUGCAAUCUGUCACCAAGAUCAUCUUUGAUGGAGCCUCUUCUAGCAGAAUUUCCUAUUUCAGCAGUUCUGGAAGCCGAGGAGAGACCCAACAAAUUUAUCCGAUUUGUGUAAAAGUCUCAGAGUUUGUUUUCAGACUGAAAAGCACGUGCCUGAACUUUGUGUCACGGGUGGUGACAAGAGAGGGUCUUUCCCUCCUUUUUAUACUCUUUUUCUCCUUAAGAGGAGACAGUCCCUCUUUAUCCACCAUCAUUAGACCUUCAAAGAGGGGCUUAAAAAAAAAAAUUCUAAGAGAUGUGAUGAGCCAGCAGCUCGAACAGCCAAAUCCUUUAUGGACAUGUUCACCAGGCCUGAGGGCAUUCUUCUGCUUUUGGC